UUAACCCCGCCUGGCCCAGGCAGCGGGCGGGGGAACCGAUUUGCUGCGGAACUGAAGGGGUGCUAUGCCUAGGGAAGGAAAUGUUUCUAAAACAGGCAUUUGCUCUUAGCAGCAUAACAGCAGCCAGAGGGAGCCCCAUCUGUGCUGUAGGCAGCAUGACGCUGAGCUGCAAGAGACACUAUAGGUCCCAGCCUACACAUGGCAUUGGGAGGUUCAGACACCUGCUUCCUGUUGAGGUUUCAAAGAAGAAAAGGGACAAGGUACAGAUGAAGGAGAUUAAUGUGGGAUCAGAUCAUGAAUAUGGAGACCUGAACAUACAGAUGACUGCAUACGACAUGUGCCUGGUGGAGCAUUAUGCUCAAUAUGUUCAUAAACUCUGCAACCAAUUCUCCAUUAGAGUAAAAGAAAGCUAUGCAAUGCCCACUAAAACCAUGGAGGUAAUGGUUAUGCAGGAACAUGGCUCCAAGCUAACCCUCGAUGCUACUCUUACAACCCACCAGCGAGUUGUUCAGAUCAGUGGUUUGAGCUCAACGCUUGCCCCAAUACUCUUGGAGAUUAUUCAGAGUAACCAGCCUGAAGGGGUCCAUCUGUCAAUGAAAGAGCAUACAGAGGCAGACUUCAUGGUUCGAUUAAAGACUCGACCGGAACUUGAAGAGCUGAAAGCGCAAAUGAGCUGAGCCAAGGUCCAGCUAAAACCAUCCAAUUCAUUUCUAAGCCGUGUUUGUGACGCUGCAGCCUCCUUUAAUUGGCUUCUGGUGACCUUCAAAGGCAUCUCUUAAUACUGUCUUAUUGAUAUGUUUGUUGCUUGGAAAACGUUUCCACUGUGCUGUUAAGGAGCUUAUUUUAAUGAAGUCAAAUAUACUCUUAGAGAGAGUGGCAGCCGUGAGGUGAUGAAAA